GGUUCCAUGUUUGUAUCUGAAAUUGAGACGAGAGGAACUCCAUGUUGUAAAAAAGUUUCCCUGCUGCAAGCAGGCCUAUACCCCUUUUUUAUUUCUUUCUUUUCUCCCCUUUUUGUUUUUGUUCCCCUUUUAUUUAGAUUUUUGUUACUUUUUAGUGCAUUUAUUUAUUUAUUUUUCUAAGCAGAAAGUAAAAGGGGAAGGAGGGGAGGGGGAACGGAUGUUAUUUUUGUAUGCUAGCAAGAAGAAACAGGAGAGGGGACGGGCAGAAGAGCAGUACCGAGUCCAGUUCGGAUCUCAUGGACGGCCAGUCCAUCAUCACACAGGUUCAGAGGGACGAGGCGACCAGCAAUACCCCGCUGCAGCAGCAACAGGAGUCCAAGGGUGCUCCUAUUUCUUCCUCUACCAAGAAGCCUCGACAUCGCAGCAUCUUCCAAACCCUCUUUUGUUGUGUCUGCUAUGACGACUCAGACCCUAUUCAAGUCAAUAACAAUGCCCCAUUGUUGGUGGAGGAGAAUGGCACAAUCUGUAAGCCAUCUAUUAAGCAUCUUCUGUCGGAUGUUAAACCUCAGGACGCUCACAAGAUCUGUGUUGUGAUCGACUUGGAUGAAACAUUAGUUCAUAGUUCCUUUAAGCCUGUAAGUAAUGCGGAUUUCAUCAUUCCCGUUGAGAUUGAUGGCAUUGAACAUCAGGUGUACGUUCUGAAAAGGCCACAUGUUGAUGAGUUCCUGAAGCGAAUGGGGGAUCUUUUCGAGUGUGUGCUGUUCACCGCAAGUUUAGCUAAGUAUGCAGAUCCUGUUGCUGAUCUUUUGGAUAAAUGGGGUGCCUUCCGUGCACGUCUGUUCCGCGAGUCCUGCGUGUUCCAUCGAGGGAAUUAUGUAAAGGAUCUGAGCCGGCUGGGCCGAGACUUGAACAGAGUGAUCAUAAUCGACAACUCACCAGCUUCUUACAUCUUCCAUCCAGAGAAUGCAGUGCCUGUGGCAUCUUGGUUUGAUGACAUGUCUGACACAGAGCUUCUAGAUCUCCUUCCUUUCUUCGAAAAACUGAGCCAAGCGGAAGAUGUUUACACAGUCCUGAGACAGCACAGGACUAGCAGCUAGUGAAUCCUGAUAAGGGUGUCUUGGUCUAAUCCUUGCGGAGGUGGGGAAUUCCAGAAUCAUUCCUUCAUCUCUUCCUGCCAGGUGGGGCCUUCCUGUUUCCCAUCCUACUUAAGAUUCCUGUUCACCAACGGAAUGACCCGAGGAUUGUACAGGCAUGAGUUGGACUCCAGAGGGCAGAAGUGAGAAGCACUUCUUAGCAGCAAGAAUUAUUUCCCUAACACUUGAAGUACCGUCAGAGAUGAAUUUAUAUAUAUAUAUAUAUAUAUAUAUAUAUAUUUUUUUUUUUUUUAACUACAGAAUGUAGAAGAGGAUCUAAGAAAGGCAGUUCCAAAGUGCUGAGAACUUUUCUAAACACACAGACUCUAAAAUUAUCCUACAGUAUAUAGUUAUUUUCAUAAUUUAAAAAAAGUAUUCUUAAUAUAGGACAUUUUAAAGUUUCUGGUUUUAAAAUUUGGGGCCCAAGAGGAUAGAUAUGUGUUUGGGGGGGGGGGGGGUUAAGACUUUUUUUUUUUUUUCCAGAAUGCGUGUGUGCAUUUGCUCAUUGUAAUGUGAAAUUGCACUUCAUCUAAAUGUUUGCAGACUGGGUCCACUUGUUUUUGGUGUUGAUGAAAGUGUAAAAUGACCCCACUUACAAUCUGUGCCGUACAGAUAUUAUAAUUGUUAUUACCGUUGGUUAGUAGGUUUAUAGUAUUGCACAGAGCAGGGUUUGCCGUGCCAUUCAAGAACUCAAAAACUUGUGUGCUUAAAAAGUUGAUAUGUGGUGUGAUACUGGGUAAAGUUAUGGCAUUAGAAUCCUUCCAGUCUGAAAUGUAUUUCAUCAUUUGUCAGGACCUGAUAAGAGCUAGGGUGUCAAGGGCCUAAAAUGGUUAUGUAUUGUGUUGUACUCUUCAUCGCCCAACACUUCCUGUGGGGAGGGAUGUCAAGCUGUAUAAAUUCAGAAUGCCAUAAAGGGCAGGGUCUUUUGUAACACAUGCAUGCAAACUCAUAGCUUUCCAGGAGGAGAAGUAAGAACAGCAGACUUUUGUGACCUGUUUGAAUGUUGCUAACAUUUUUUUUUAAUUUACCUCUUCACUUCCACCCUGAGAAUUGGACCAUAAUGUGGUAACUGAACCAUUUCCUUACAGGUGAUGCUGACCAAUUCAGCUUGCUGACCAAAUCAGCCUGCCAGAUGAGGCAGAGUAGGUUUGGAUACUUGUUUGGAAUUGACAUCAGGAUUUCAUUGGUGAUGUAAGGUGUAAAAGCCUGUAAAGUGUUUUCAUACAGGAAGUGAAUAGAACACAGAAAUGUCAGAGGUCAGAUAGCUGUCAUUGUGCCGAUUUAGUUUUUCAGCAGUUUUUUUUUAUAGCCCAGUGGAAGAAUAGCUACUGUUAAGCUGUUCCCAGCACUUAAUAUUGUCCAUAACAAAAUUUUUAUUUAAAAAAAAAAAAAACUACUGUAAUGUUGUUUAAUUUAAUGCCUUGGCAGUUUCCCUCCAUGUAUGCAUGGAAGCGGUCACAAAUUCCUCAUAUGGAUAUCGUUGCAAAACUUUGGGUCAUUUGAGAAAUUGCGUUGUAAAGUGAAUGCUGAACCCUUCACCUGCCUUCCACUAGAGACGUCUAUCUGUAUUAUUCAGUGUCAGGAGACAUUUGUUCAGCAGCAUGUUGUACAGCCAGCAGUUGUGGACCUUGUCAUUUUGGUGGUUGUCACAUUGCACAGCAUGUAUGGGAGUCAUAGUAGUAAAGUCACCAGACUUCUUCUGAAGAGGCAGAGGCCUUAGACAGAGUGAAUGUAAAAUACAGGUGGGAACUAAAAUACCAGGUUAUUUUAUCAUAUUUAUUUCAGUUCUGACAGUCUGUGCAGAUACAAAGCAAGUUAUACCAUAAGGUACUCUACUUUUUUUCUCCAAGGAAAAUACUCUGCAGCUUUGCGCAUCAUCAUUGUGGCCUUUGGUGUAACUAAACAUUUACUUGUACAAAUGCUGCUGUAAAGUUCUUCCAGAAAUGUAUUCCUUUCAUUGUUUUGUCUACAUGUCUCAUGUUGCCUACCUGAGAGUACGUAAUCUGUGUAUGUAGCUGACAGUAGGAAAACUAUGUUUUUCUUAGUGGAGAAGUCGAGUACUUCAAAUAAGCUGUGUUUAAGGACCAUUGUAUUGAAGUUGAAACACCCUGGCUUAAAAUAUCGACCAUUUAGCUGUGACUCAAAAUGGAGAUUUGUCAAGAUUUGUGCACUCUGUACCUGUGGCCUUAAAAUGUUGUGUUCUCCUUUGCAA